GUCGGUUGCCGUUGGCAAUAAAAUGAGCCUAAAGGUGUACCACGCACUUUAGAAUUAAGAACGGGAAUUGCUGAUGUUUCCAAAGAACAUCUUAAAAGGUAACACUACUAUGAUUUAAGCACAAUUAUAGUUACAUAUAUGUUUACACUCAUUAUUUUCAUUGUAACUCUACCUUUCAGACUGACUGUUACAACGCACGCGGUCACUGAAUGAUACCAUAGGAUCUACGAUAUGAUGACAUAUCUACGAAAUCCAGAAACAUUUCCUUGCUAUACGCCUAAAACUUGGCUUUAAAGAAAUCAAAAGCAUGACCUCUUUCAAGAAAAUUCUCACUUUUGCAUUUUUGAUGUGCACGAAGGUCUUUCAGCAUUCUAAAGGUACAUCUGCUUUACAGUGAAAUUUAUACUGACAUGGCUGUCAUAAGGAAUAAGCCACGAAGUGGGCAAUAUGUUCAUUUCAAAUUAUUGUUAUCAUUGAUAUAAUUCCUAAAAAAUAUCAUGACUUGAACUCACAUGUUCACAGAUAUAUAAUCUAUCGAAUAUUUACUCCUUUCUCUUGGUGUAGUACUUAUUAGCCGCGUAAAUGCAAUUUCUAAUAUACCCGGAACUGACAUUUACUUUCAGAAUCUGUGCUGUUUUCAUUAAGGCCAUAUUCUUUCGUUUUUAACUUAAAAUGAUCAAAUUAAAUAAAUAAUUUGAUCACUUUGACCGUAGAAAACUGAUCAUUUUCUUCCUUACUCAUGAAACCGCUCUCGCUACGGUAAUGCCUUUUUACUGAACUUGAUAAUGGUUUACAAACAACACUCACUGAAAAGAGGUCAUAUUUAUCAUGCAAAUUUUUUCUUCCUUAAGGUUGUGAGAAUUGCUUUUAGACAAUAAAACAUGUGACUCAUUUUCGCAAACAGUAAUCAAUUGAAGCGCCUUUUUAAAGUGAAACGCGCAGAAAGAGGGAAAUCAGAAAAAAAUGUUGCAUAGGAUGGGAUAUGAUCAUGUCAAGCUACUUGCCGGUGUAUAUGAUGAGUUAAAUUGCUUCCGUAAUCUGGUUGCGUUAUACUUUCUUUGUGAAAGCUUUCCUGCUAAACAAGCUGAAGAUAUUAAACGAGUUAAGGGAUUUAACAUUGGCGGGGGCUGAAACAUUCAUUUUUCUUGAAAAAAAGGGAAAAGAAAUAAAUUAGUAUUAGGUGCUUAAAGGAGUUGAUUUAUGCAGUCGCGUGGUCGAAGCUAAUUAUGCAUACUAUUAUUUACAUGUUACAGGUUUUCGUUUCAUAUCACAAUAAGAUGGUUAAUGCCUCAAUGACGUGACGUGUCUGUUAGUUUAGAACAGGAUGUUAAAAAAAGUACUAUCUCUUUAUUUUGAUGCAAUCGGUUGAGAAACCCAAAAAAAUAAAUUCUUUUCGAAAAUUCGAUAGCACAAGAAAAGUCAGCUGACAGCGAGGUUAACACGGGUCUUAGGAUGCUGACCUUGAUUGCAAUUAAAAAGAUGAAAAAGUUAAUUAAACUGAUAUAAAGGGUGGAAUAAAAUUAGAAUAAAUUUAGAACAAAAUGAUGAUAAAAGGCUCGCAAAGAACGUACACACUUCGGAAAAAAAUAAAUUUAUCGGAAGCCUUUGUUUGUGGCGUAGCCAGUUAACAGGAAGUUGCAUGGUCAAGUGGACUCAUGGUGUGGCGUAAGCUUGUUUCAGGAGGUCCAUAAAGCUGCAGAGAGGCGGGAAGUUUCCUCUCUAUUACGCGCCGCUACUUUGAUCUCCAUUAUCUGAACGCCCGGAACAACUGUACUAAUUAACCCGUAAAACCCAGUUUGAAGGCUCGCUUUGACGACCAACUAGAGUUGUCAGUUCUCGUCGAUAAAUCUGAGUGCAACUCAUUCUUUAUUAAAAGUCUGCAUGGUAUUAAAAACUAGGACAAUAACCCAGGUGCAUUAAGCAUCAUACUUCAAAUUAAACGUCUGAGCUCAGUUGUUCGGGUGGCUAAUGCUAUCCAGUGGAUAACACAAUAGGUCUUAUCACGGUUUUCGACGCCAUCUUGACGAGUAGGCAACGGCGUGAGAAAUUACAGUGUUUGUAUGAGAAUCCAAUGUCGAAUAAUUUCCGUAAAACGGCUAUUCUGAAAAAUAUAUGAACUGCAAACUAAAGCUACACAGCAAAGGAUUUUACUAUCAAAUUUUGGGGGCCGUUACUGAGCUUAAAUUUCUCCAGGCGCUUGCUUCAGAUUUUCCACAUAUUUGUCUGCAAUUUUUUCCCGGGAAACGUUUGCAGGCAAAUGUUUACAAAAUUUUGAAAAGUGGUUCUAACGCAUAUAGCUACAUGUAACGACCUCAGAUUUUUUCAGAAGAAUCGUUAGGAGUGAAAAUUUAGUUUACAAUUGAUUUUUUUUUUAGAACAGCCGUUUUACGGGAAUUUUUGGACAUUAGAUUCUCAUACAAACACUGUAAUUUCUCACGCGGUUACCUACUCGUCAAAACCGUGAUAAGGCCUAUUGAUUUCCCAACUUAUCCUCUGGAUA